AUGACGUACGGAGGAUCGUCGAAAUUCAGUCGCGGUGGCGGCAGGGGCGGAGGAGGAGGAGCCGGUAGCGGUGGACGCAACCGCAAUUCCUUCCCUCCUCCUACGAACCGGCAUCCUUCUCCCGUCGGGAGGAUGUCAACGGGAAGUGGCUCAGCCGCCCCACGACAGCGGAAUACUACCAGCGUCAAGGCGGCUGCUGCUGCUGCGUCGACCGCGCCUCGUACGGUUGAGGAAAGCUUUAGUCUUGUUCCGAGGGAGAGUCCUUCGGCUUUUGGAAUGAUCAUACGGUUAGCUCCUGACUUGGUGGAAGAGAUCAAGCGGGUUGAAGCACAGGGUGGAGCCGCCAAGAUCAAGUUCGAUGCGUUUCCUAACAAUAGCACCGGGAAUAUAAUUAAUGUUGGUGGAAAGGAAUUCAAAUUUACCUGGUCUAGGGAGCCUGGUGAUUUAUGUGAUAUAUAUGAAGAGCACGAGAGUGGGGAAGAUGGAAAUGGUGUGCUGAUUGAGGCUGGAUGUGCGUGGCGAAAGCUGAACGUCCAGCGAACUCUAGAUGAGUCAACCACGAGCCAUAUGAAGAUGCGCUCAGUUGAAGCUGAACAGAGAACCAAAUCACGCAAGGCAAUUGUUUUAGAACCUGGGAAUCCAUCAUUGACAAAGAAGCUAGCUCUUGCCGAAGGAAGUCCAUGGAAAAUGUCAAAUAAACAGAAGAAAGAACCUCCGCCUAAGAAGCGGAAAGUUGAUCCACCUCCAGUUCCAAUCGGAGGUCCAAAGCCUUCGUUCAGACCAGGGGUUUCAGCCUCUACUGUGAAAAAUAGGCUAUCGGCUUCCCCGGGACUAUCUCCUUCAUAUGGGAUUGGGAAUGUUACUAAAACUCAUUCUGCUAACGAGAAUGUCAAACAAGUGCAGACAAAGGACAGAGAUAACGUGCUUGCUAGCGGAAAAAACCCAUCAACCUGGGAAAAUAAUGCGUUAAGGGACACAAGUGGGGGUCAAGCAACCAACGUUGAUAAAGAAGUUGAUUUGCAGGCAUUGCUGGUUGAUCUCCUCAAAGAGGCUCCAAUGAGCUUGAAGACCUUAGAGAAAGCUGUUGGAGACAAAAUUCCUAAUUCCGCAAAGAAGAUUGAACCAAUUUUGAAAAAAAUUGCAAAUUUCCAAGCUCCAAGAUAUUUCUUAAAACCAGGAGCAGAGUGGGAAAGCUAUAAAAAGCAUUCACCUGAUAGCGGAAGCUCACCUGAACACCAGCAAUUGCUACCGAUCACUGAGAGCAGUCGCGAUCAGUUACCUGUUCCAGGAGGCAGCAACGUGGAGAAAUUUUCAGUUUGCGAGCGGAACGGAGAAGGUUCACAAGACUAUUUGUCUACUCAUCUAGCAGAGCAAUCGAGUGCGCAAGAAAAUGUCGACAUUGAGCAUCAUUCACCUGGUAUUCUUCAUGAUGAAAAGCGAUCUGAGAAUAGAGAAGACCAGGCACGGAGGUCUAGUGAUAGUGACAGCGACAGUGAUAACAGUGACAGUGGGAGCGACAGUGGGAGCAGCAGUGAUAGCGAGGCUUCUUCUAACAGUAAGGAUGGUUCUGAUGAGGACGUGGAUAUCAUGAGCGAUGGUGAUAGAGAUCCUCAACAGAUAAUACAGCCAGCUGAACGGGAUGGUAUUGAUCUCCCAGGUCAUGGCUCUAAUCUUGUUGACAUCGAGGGUCAUGAUUCUGAUGCUGUUGACAUUGAUGGUCAUGAUUCUGAUGCUGUUGACAUUGACGGUCAUGAUUCUGAUGCAGUUGAUAUUGAGGGGAACAGUUCAGAUGAGGGUCAUGAUUCUGAAUCUGGCAGAAAAAGAUUAUCUGAUACUAACUGGAAGAUGGAAGCAACAACUGGUACCAGUCCCGCUGCAAAUGAAGAAACUGGCAUUUCAGAGCAGGGAAAUUUUGCUUCUGGUCACGACAAGCUACGAGAGCGCCAAAAUUUUAUUGGACAGUUGUUUGAUGACACAGAGAAUACAACGAAGGCUAACUUACAAAAUGACCAACCUGACAUCUCCGAGAGGCUGGCCAAAGACCAGCAUCAAAAACCGGAGCACGAUAGUCAGAAAUCAGCACGGAUGAACAAUAGAAAAUCCCAAAGCUUCAAUACGUUACCUGCCAUAGGUAAAGAUUCACAGCGUUCAGAGCGCAAGUAUGAUGUAGAGCCGCUCAACGCUUCUGCCAGUCAAACGGCAGAUCCUCUUAGAGGACUUCAGAAGCCAUUUACUGAGAAGUCCAAUAGACAUGGUCAAAUGAGACCUGUUGAUAGUUCAGGUAAAUCGAACAAACAUUCUGAUGCCUUAGGCAAUGUCCGUAAAUCUGAUGAAGGGGGCCACUUUCCGAAUGACAUGCUUUCUAGUCGGUCAGGUAAGGCCUUCAGGGACAAUCAAAGAGAUGAUGUUCAUUCAAAAAAUAAGUUUCCAAGGAAUAGAAAAGAUGGUGAGUCUGCCAAUCGAGCUUCAUUACCUUAUGACGCAUCGAAUAGAAAACACGGUGAACUGGAUGGAAGUGACAAGGAUGCCAAGACUGUUUCAGGCUUGAGCAUGGGUUCUUCUCCCUUGGAUAGCCAGAGAACAUAUUUAGAGAAAUUACCAAAGGGGAAUGGUUCUGUGCUCCGGAAACAAGUUUCAGAGUUGGAGUUGGGUGAACUCCCUGAGCCAUUGGGGGAAGAUACAUCAUUGAAGCAACUCGAAGAGAAGAGUUCAUUUCGGCAGUCAAGUUUAAAACCAAGCACUUCAGAAAACUUGGGUAUUGACUCGGAUAAACGAAAGUCUAAAAAAUCUGACUCGAAAAAGCCAGCUCCUACACAUGCCAGCAACGGUGUCAAAGAAUUGCCCGAACACUUCGUUGAAGACUCAGAAAGAUCCCAAAAGUGGGGUUUGCAGUCACAUGGGCAGAACCUUACAGGUACAAAUACUGAAAUCGGCUUGCUAGAUAAAGUUAUAGACGAUGCAGCUUUUAAGUCAAGACAAAAAGUUAGUAGAGGAAGAGUAGGAAACAGUGUGGAAGGUUAUGGAGAGACGAAUAAGAAAACGCCCGUUAUAAAGCAGGGCUCCAAACGAGCAUCCACGUCCCGCUCAUCAAGGGAGAGCAAAAGACAUGCGUCUGGGAAAACUGCAAAUUCAGUCAAUGGACACAAAGAUGCAACGUCAAUACCAGGUGACAGUGUUGUCCGGGAGAAACGAAUGGCAUCUUCCGAUGACGUAGACUCUUGUUAUUUGAAAUACGAGAAAGCUUCUCCUGAGCUGAAGGGACCUAUUAGUGAUCAUUUGCAGUAUAAAGCUUAUGUGCAGGAAUAUUUGGAUAAAUAUGAUAGCUACUGCUCCAUUAACAAGAUAAUAGACAGCAACAGAAAGGACUUUCAAAAGUUUGAAGAUGACCUUAAGUUUUCAAAAGGAAGGGACAUGGAGAGAUAUAACAAAAUUUGGGAGCAGAUAAGGGAGUCUUAUUGCAAAUGUGGGGAGAGGCACAAACGUAUGAAGAAAAUAUUCAUGGUUCUCCAUGAAGAGUUGCAGCAACUGAAACAAAGAAUGAAAGACUAUGCAUCAUCUCAUGGAUAA